AUGCGGCUACCCUUGCAGAGCAUUGCGAAGCUACAGCUAGUACAGAAUAAGACAGCUCGGCCGGAUAACGAGAUCUCUUCUGACUGCAACCACCUGCUGUGGAACUACAAAUUGAACCUGACUACAGAUCCAAAAUUUGAAUCGGUGGCUAGAGAAGUUUGCAAAUCCACUAUAUCAGAGAUCAAAGAGUGUGCUGAUGAACCGGUCGGAAAAGGUUAUUUGGUAUCGUGCUUGGUGGAGCACAGAGGAAACAUCACGGAAUACCAGUGUCACCAGUACAUCACCAAAAUGACAGCCAUAAUUUUCAGCGAUUACCGCCUGAUCUGUGGAUUUAUGGAUCAAUGCAGGUCUGAUAUUAACUUCCUGAAGUGUGGCAGUAUUCGACCGGGAGAAAAGGAUGCCCAUUCUCAAGGGGAAGUGGUGGCCUGCCUGGAGAAAGGACUGGUGAAAGUGGCGGAGGACAACGAGCAUCGCAUCAAAGUCUCGGAGUCCUGCAUGAAGGCGAUUCUCCGAGUGGCGGAGCUGUCCUCGGAUGACUUCCACCUGGACCGGCAUCUCUAUUUUGCUUGCCGAGAUGAUCGGGAGCACUUUUGUGAGACUACUCAAGCAGGCGAAGGCAGAGUAUACAAGUGUCUAUUUAACCACAAGUUUGAAGAUGCCAUGAGUGAAAAGUGUCGGGAUGCAUUGACCACUCGGCAAAAGUUGAUUGCCCAGGAUUACAAAGUCAGCUACUCCUUGGCCAAAUCCUGCAAAAGCGACCUGAAAAAGUACCGUUGUAAUGUGGAGAAUUUGCCUCGUACCCGGGAAGCCCGUCUCUCUUACCUGCUCAUGUGCCUCGAAUCUGCUGUGCACAGAGGUAGUGUUCAUCCUUUUUGCUCUUUUGUCAUACCCUACCGCCACCUCUCCUAUUCCGGUGCAUACAUUAUCUUUCUGGCACAGUAUUUCCAUUCGCUUCAGACACUGAUCCAGGAGGUGGAUCCUGUGGCGGAUUAUCGUAUCGAUCGAGCUUUGAACGAAGCCUGCGAGUCAGUGAUCCAAACAGCCUGCAAGCACAUCCGUGCCGGAGAUCCCAUGAUUCUUUCUUGCCUCAUGGAGCACUUGUACACAGAGAAGAUGGUGGAGGAUUGUGAACACCGGCUCUUAGAGCUUCAGUACUUUAUUUCACGGGAUUGGAAGUUGGAUUCCGUCCUCUACCGUAAGUGCCAAGGAGAUGCCUCUCGACUUUGUCACACUCAUGGUUGGAAUGAAACAAGCGAGAUUAUUCCUCCCGGAGCCAUCUUCUCCUGCCUAUACAGACACGCUUAUCGCACAGAAGAGCAGGGAAGAAGGUUAUCCCGAGAAUGCAGAGCGGAAGUACAGCGAAUUCUGCAUCAGCGCGCUUUGGAUGUGAAACUAGAUCCAGCCCUCCAAGACAAGUGCAUGAUAGAUUUGGGGAAGUGGUGCAGUGAGAAAACAGAAACUGGACAGGAACUCGAAUGUCUACAAGACCAUCUGGAUGAUCUGGUAACUGAAUGCAGAGACGUUGUUGGAAACCUUACAGAGCUGGAAUCUGAGGACAUCCAGAUAGAAGCUUUGCUGAUGCGAGCAUGUGAACCCAUCAUCCAGACCUUCUGCCAUUCUUGUAGCGAUCACUUGGGUACCAAAAAGGUGGAGUUAGAAGAGCAGGCAGAUGGUGGAGAAUCGGAUGCCUGGGGCCAUCCUCCUUGUUACAUCAGUUUCCUCUCAACCUUCCAGACCCUCUUCCCCCUUGAGAAAGGGAUUUCUUUCUUUGAGAACGUAAUUGAAAAGGUUUGCUCAGCACUGGCCAAAGUUUCUCACGAUGGGGGAUGGCUCCAUGUCUUGAGUCUGGGUCUUGGAGGAAGGAUGAGUCUCCAAGCUUUGCCUUCCUGCACUGUUUCCUACUUGGAGGAGAUGUUCAAGCAUAGGAGAAGUUUCUCCUUGGCUGAGUUGUUGUUUCCCUGUCUCCCUUGGCAGAGGUUCUGCCCUGAAGCAGACGCAAAGAACAUGCUGCAGUGCUUGAAGCAGAACAAAAACAGCGAGGUGAUGGAUCCCAAAUGCAAGCAAAUGAUCACAAAGCGCCAGAUUACCCAGAACACAGAUUACCGCCUGAAUCCAGUGCUCAGGAAAGCAUGCAAAGCAGACAUCCCCAAAUUCUGCCAGAGCAUUCUGAGUAAAGCCAAGGAGGAGUCAGAGCUGGAAGGGCAGGUCAUCUCCUGCCUGAAACUGAAAUACGCAGACCAGCGUCUUUCUUCAGACUGCGAAGAUCAGAUUCGAGUGAUCAUUGAGGAAUCUGCUCUGGAUUACCGGUUAGAUCCUCAGUUGCAAAUGCACUGCUCAGAAGAGAUUUUCACUUUGUGCGCAGAAGAGGCCGCAGCCCAGGAGCAGACUGGGCAGGUGGAAGAGUGCCUGAAAGUGAACUUGCUCAAAAUUAAAGCAGAGAUGUGCAAAAAGGAGGUGCUGAACAUGCUGAAGGAAAGCAAGGCUGAUAUUUUUGUGGAUCCUGUCCUUCACACAGCCUGCGCGCUGGACAUCAAGCACCACUGUGCCGCCAUCACUCCAGGAAGAGGCCGGCAGAUGUCCUGCCUCAUGGAGGCUCUGGAGGACAAGCGGGUACGGCUACAGCCAGAAUGCAAAAAACGCCUUAAUGACCGGAUCGAAAUGUGGAGCUUUGCCGCGAAGGUGGCCCCAGCAGAAGGCUUUUCGGACCUUGCCAUGCAAGUGGUGACGUCUCCCUCCAAGAACUACAUCCUGUCGGUGAUCAGUGCAGGCAUCUGUGUCCUGUUCCUGAUUGGUCUGAUGUGCGGGCGUAUCACCAAGCGAGUGACACGAGAACUGAAGGACAGGUAGAGACGACCUUGAUCACCGGAGGGAAGGAGGAGGAGGAGGAAGGCCUGCCCAAUUUGUACAGUCUUCUCUGUAUAGUCUCCCUCCCCACCUCGCUCUCCUUCAGACAAUACAAGCCAAUUAGAACAGCAGCAGCAGCAGCAGCAGCUCGGGUCGACUGGUCUCCCAUCCUGUCCAGCAGCUUUGUUACCCCAUCGUUAGCCACGGUUGUUUGCCUGCCUGUAGACAAAGCUCUUUCUUUCCCCCCUCCCCCCACUUUUAUUUUCUGGUCCCCUCGUCCUGUUGAACUACCUUCUUCACAUGCUCCAAAUCAGACUGACAAACUGCAGCCCCGGAGGUUUUUAAAGUGAACCUUUUAAAGAUCCAUUCUUGGCAUAAUUUGGCGAGGGGAGGAG